GUUGCGUAUAUUGUGAUAUGUUGUCAAAUGACGAUUGUACUUGAGAAUAAGUAAAUCAGAGUAAAUGGUAAUCAGUGUUUACCUGAAACUUUAAUUUGAUUGUUUCAGUUGGUGUUGAUUGCCUUGUGAAAUCCAAGUGGAAGAUACUUUUUGUAACGUUUAAUGGUCUGUAUUAGACCUUAAUAGAAACAUUAAGAUGUCCCACAAAAGGAAUUCCCUGCCCUUACCAGCAAAUCAACAUAGGGAUUGCAUGUCUGCAGCAACAAAAUGUUACAAAUACCUGAGACGCAUGCUGAAAUUCGAUCAAAUGGACUUUGAGUUCGCAUUCUGGCAAAUGUUAUACCUCUUCAUCUCACCACAAAAGGUUUAUCGGAAUUGUCAGUAUAGAAAACAAACAAAAUCACAGUUUGCAAGGGAUGAUCCUGCUUUCUUAGUAUUGUUUUCUGCCUGGCUAUGUGUUACAUCUAUAGGCUUUGCUGUAGCAUUACACUUGGGAUUUGUGCAGUUCCUAAACUUCUUGCUCUAUGUUAUUUUUGUAGAUUGCAUAGGUGCUGGUAUAAUAAUAGCAACAAUGUUUUGGUAUAUAUUGAACAAGUAUUUCAGGUUGAAUGAUCAUGACAAUGAUGUUGAAUGGGGUUAUGCCUUUGAUGUGCAUCUCAACGCGUUUUUCCCACCUUUGAUUAUCUUACAUUUUUGUCAACUGUUCUUUUACAAUGGUUUGAUCAGUCACGAAUGGUUUGCGUCGAGGUUUUUGGGAAACACGUUCUGGUUAAUAGCUAUAUGCUACUACAUCUACAUUACAUUCCUUGGUUAUAGCUCAUUGCAUUUCCUACAUAGGACUCAGAUCAUACUUGUACCCAUACCUUUGGCUCUGAUAUUCUAUGUUGUGAGCAUUGGUGGAGGAUUUAACAUUACCCAUUAUUUAAUGACGUUCUAUAGGGAUAGAGUAGUUUAAUUUAUUAAUAACCUGUAUUUUUAUUAUGCCAAGAAUGAAUGUAACAUUGUACAAUUAUCGAGUUGAUUUGUUCCUCUUCCUUGUUGGAUGGCCCUCUAUACAGAUCAUGUUG